AUGGAGGCCGAAGAGACGAUGGAAUGCCUUCAGGAGUUCCCUGAACAUCAUAAAAUGAUCCUGGACCGAUUGAAUGAACAGCGAGAGCAGGACCGGUUUACUGACAUCACCCUGAUUGUCGACGGACACCAUUUUAAGGCCCACAAGGCUGUUUUGGCUGCUUGCAGCAAGUUCUUCUAUAAAUUCUUUCAGGAGUUUACUCAGGAACCUUUGGUGGAGAUAGAAGGUGUUAGUAAAAUGGCCUUUCGUCAUUUGAUUGAGUUCACAUAUACAGCAAAGUUAAUGAUACAAGGAGAAGAAGAAGCCAAUGAUGUAUGGAAAGCAGCAGAGUUUCUACAGAUGCUAGAAGCUAUCAAAGCCCUUGAAGUCAGAAACAAAGAAAACUCAGCUCCACUAGAGGAAAAUACCACAGGGAAAAAUGAAGCAAAAAAAAGAAAGAUUGCAGAAACUUCAAAUGUUAUCACUGAGUCAUUGCCAUCUGCAGAAUCUGAACCUGUUGAAAUUGAGGUGGAGAUUGCCGAAGGCACAAUCGAAGUGGAAGAUGAAGGCAUCGAAACGUUGGAGGAAGUGGCUUCUGCCAAGCAGUCCAUAAAGUACAUUCAGAGCACAGGUUCCUCUGAUGAUUCCGCUCUGGCAUUGUUGGCAGAUAUUACCAGCAAGUACCGCCAAGGCGAUAGAAAAGGGCAGAUUAAAGAUGAAGACGGCUGUGCAUCUGACCCCACAAGCAAACAGGUAGAAGGUAUUGAAAUUGUGGAACUUCAGCUGUCACAUGUGAAGGACUUGUUCCAUUGUGAGAAAUGUAACCGUUCAUUUAAAUUGUUUUACCAUUUUAAGGAACACAUGAAAUCACACUCCACUGAGAGUUUCAAGUGUGAAAUAUGCAAUAAAAGGUAUCUUCGGGAGAGCGCGUGGAAACAGCACCUCAGUUGUUACCACCUGGAAGAAGGUGGAGUCAGUAAGAAGCAGAGAACUGGGAAAAAAAUACACAUAUGUCAGUACUGUGAGAAGCAGUUUGACCACUUUGGACAUUUUAAAGAGCAUCUUCGAAAACAUACAGGUGAAAAACCUUUUGAAUGUCCAAAUUGUCAUGAACGAUUUGCUAGAAAUAGUACCCUCAAAUGUCACUUGACUGCAUGCCAAACUGGAGUGGGAGCAAAAAAGGGGAGAAAGAAGCUCUAUGAAUGUCAGGUCUGUAAUAGUGUGUUUAACAGCUGGGACCAGUUCAAAGAUCACCUGGUGAUACACACUGGAGAUAAACCCAACCAUUGUACUCUGUGUGACUUGUGGUUUAUGCAAGGAAAUGAAUUAAGGAGGCAUCUCAGUGAUACUCAUAAUAUUUCAGAGCGCCUGGUAACUGAAGAAGUUCUUUCAGUAGAAACACGUGUGCAAACUGAACCUGUGACGUCAAUGACUAUUAUAGAACAAGUUGGGAAGGUGCAUGUGUUACCACUGCUCCAGGUUCAGGUGGACUCAGCACAAGUGACUGUGGAACAGGUCCAUCCAGAUCUGCUCCAGGACAGCCAAGUGCACGAGUCGCACAUAAGUGAGCUUCCAGAGCAGGUCCAGGUAAGUUAUCUAGAAGUGGGGCGAAUUCAGACUGAAGAAGGUACUGAAGUCCAUGUAGAGGAGCUGCAUGUUGAACGGGUAAAUCAGAUGCCAGUGGAAGUACAAACUGAGCUUCUAGAAGCAGACUUGGAUCAAGUGACCCCUGAAAUCAUGAACCAAGAGGAGAGAGAGCCUACCCAGGCAGAUGCUGCUGAGGCUGCUACAGAAGAACACGAAGAUGCUGAGGCUUUAGAGACCAAAUCAACAGGGAAUUCCCAAGCCGAAAAGGCAGGAAAUGAGAACAGAACACCGAUGCCAGUUUUAGAAUGA